AUGGAAGCAAUUCCAGGUACCUUAGGAUGGCCUAUUAUUGGAGAAAGUCUCUCUUUCAUAUCCGAAUUUUCGAGCCCUGCUGGUAUAUACAGCUUCAUCAAUAAGAGACAGCAACUGUAUGGGAAGGUGUUUAAGAGUUAUGUAUUGGGAAGGUAUACGGUAUUCAUGACCGGAAGAGCGGCAAGCAAGAUCUUGUUGACAGGUAAAGAUGGGAUAGUGAGCUUAACCUUUUCUACACAGGACAGCAGUUUAGCUAUUGAAACAUUGGAUCAGUGGUCUGGAAGAAAAAUUUUGGUUCUUGAAGAAACUUCCACAGUUGAGUCUUAUGAUCAUUUUUUCGUAGAGUUUGGUCUAAAGGAGGCAUUUUUGAACCUUUCAGAUUAUUCUUUUUUGCAGUUUACACUGAAGGUGAUAGGCAACAUGAUAAUGAGUUUAGAGCCAACUGGUGAGGAGCAAGAGAAAUUUCGAACCAAUUUCAAGAUUAUUUCUGGCUCUUUUGCUUCUUUACCCUUUAAAGUCCCGGGAACUGCCUUUUAUCGUGGCAUUCAGGCUCGUGAUCGAAUGUAUGUUAUGUUAGACUCGAUAAUUGACCAACGGAGGAGUGGGGAAACCAUAAAACAAGAUUUCUUGCAAUCCCUGGUGAAGAAGCAUGGCAAAGAUGCACCAGAAGGAGAUGAUGAUGACAAACUCACAGAUAAACAACUUAAGGAUAACAUAUUGACGCUUCUAGUUGCAGGCCACGAUACUACAACUGCUGCUUUAACAUGGCUCCUCAAAUUUCUUCAAGAAAAUCCUGCUGUAUUGGAACGACUAAGAGAGGAGCAUAGAGAAAUCCAAGCUCGAAAACAAGGCACAUUAGAUCUCACCUGGUCUGAAGUCAACAAUAUGCCUUACACCGCCAAAGUAAUCAGUGAAACACUUCGAAUGGCCACAAUCCUUCCGUGGUUUUCAAGAAAAGCAGCACAAGAUUUUGAGAUUGAGGGGUGCAAAAUCAAGAAGGGAUGGUCACUUAACUUGGAUGUAGUGUCUAUCCACCGCGACCCCAAGAUUUUUCCUAAUCCUGAGAAGUUUGAUCCUUCUAGAUUUGAUGAUCCUCUAAAACCUUUCAGCUUCCUUGGAUUUGGAAGCGGACCACGCAUGUGUCCUGGAAUCAACUUAGCCAAACUGGAAAUUUCUGUCUUUCUUCAUCAUCUUGUCUGCAGAUACAAAUGGACACCAUUAGACACAGAUGACUCCGUCCAAGCCAACACUUGUUAG